GGGAACGCCAUGGGUAGAGGAACGUUUGCGUUGAAUGGUUGUUGGGACUCGCGUGGAGCCUACCUUUUCUGCAAGUUGUUGAAUAUAGCCUAUAUUUAAUCCGUAGUCACAAAGGCUGGAAUUGGAACAGAUGGCUGGAAUGCAUUUGGUGGUCCGACGAUACAGGCCCUCCGACAAGGAUGCUGUGUUAACCCUGUUCUGUGAUGGCAUCUUGGAGCACAUCAAACCUUCGUUCUACAACGCCAUUAGCAACCCUGUCGAUGUGGGCGUCGCCCUGUUCCUUUCUAUGGCUGGGUACAUGCUGGGAGGUGGGUCUACUCUCUGGGCCUUGCUGUCGGCUGGAGCCUGGGUAGGUCUGGUCUACUACUGCUGCAGCCAACUGUACUCUAGUUUCGUCAGAGAGAGGCUGCGCACGGACAUGCAGGACAUUCCGGGAUGCUACCUGAGCCACCCCGACAACUGCUUCUGGGUGGCUGAGACUGAGGUCAACGGCUGGGUUGAGAUUUUAGGUAUGGUGGCCGUUGUGGCCAAAAAGGUGGUGGGAGGAAGAGACGGGGAGAUGAGCGGUGAACUAUUCAGGAUGAUUGUAUCGAGGAAGUGUCGUCGGACAGGACUCGGUUCCAGGAUGACCCAGACCGUUAUUGACUUUUGUAAAGAGCGAGGGUUCUCUAAGGUCGUCCUGGAAACCAGUUCCAUCCAGACUUCUGCAGUGGCCCUGUAUAAGAAACUGGGCUUCUCACACAUCCUGUCACACACCAAGACGUACUCUCCUGAAUGGAUGACAAUUAUAUCCCGAGUUACCAUUCUGAAGAUGGAAAAAGUCAUAUAGGCCUUCCCAUGAUUUUGUAUAGUAAGCGUUAAGACGUGCAACUUUUUUGUUCUGAAGCACAGAUUAGAUGUCUUUGAGAAAAGAAUUAGAUGCAAUAUCGUAGGCCUAUAUUAGUAACUAGAUCGAAUAAGCAAAGGUAUAAAUAUAAAAUAAAAUGGUAUAAUGUUGCCUA